AUGAAUGACAAAUAUAGUUGGUCAGUUUUAGGAUAUAUUUUGGUGUCAAGCCUUUGUUGUCAUGCUGCAAUGAAUGCAAAUAUGUCAAGAAACGAUGGCGGAGGAUUUAAAAACGAUUCGUUGUUGGAAAAUGACCCAGAACUGAACUACGUUCCUUCUGGGCCGUUGGUCAUGUGCUCUUUCUUGCCGAUGGAAUUCAUUGAAUGUGAAGACCUAGUUGACUUAAAAGGAAACAAGUCAAGAGAUGAUUCCAUGACAGGCGGGUGUUCUAAGUAUGGAGGUAGUUAUAGAUAUGAAGAUGUAGAAAAAACAACAGUUCAAUGUAUGGUUUUACCGGGUAUAGAAUGUCACGGUAAUAGAAAAUUCAACAAGAAAGGAUUUCCAUGUGUGAAAUAUGGUGGCUAUUAUUUUCUAACAACUCUGUUGUAUUCAAUUUUACUGGGAUUCCUUGGUAUGGACAGAUUUUGUCUAGGACAAACUGGAACAGCUGUUGGAAAACUAUUGACACUUGGAGGUGGUGGAGUCUGGUGGAUACUGGAUGUCAUAUUAUUAGUCACUAACCAACUUUUGCCCGAAGAUGGCAGUAAUUGGAAUAUUUAUGUUUAA